AACUUGUGCAAUUGGUGAUUCGUGGUUAUGGCGUAAAUUGGUUUGUGAAUAGAAAUAGAAGAAAAACUGAUUGUUCUAGAAAAUAAAUUAUGGCUGCAAGAGGGGAAAGAGGAGUUGGGAGAGUUCUUGAUAAGUUAGAAGCUUCUGUGAACUCUGGCCAAUACUAUGAAGCACAUCAAAUGUAUAGAACCUUAUAUUUCAGAUAUCUUAGUCAAAAGAAAUACGAGGAUCUAUUGAAUUUAUUGUACAAAGGUUCUUCACUGUUACUACAGCGCGAUCAGCAGGGAAGUGGAGCAGACUUAGCAAUAUUGCUAAUAGACGUCUUGAACAAAUCAGAAACUGAACCAUGCAGCGAUUGGAUCGAGAAAUUAGGAAAGUUAUUCGAAUUAAUGAGUGCUAGUAUCCCUGAAAGAGAGUCAUAUCUUACCAAUGCAGUGAAAUGGUCCAUGGACAAUAACAAAAAGGGCCAUCCAUUACUACACAAGAAAAUAGCUGAAGUUUAUUGGAAAGAGAAGAAAUACACGGCUGCACACAGACAUUUCCUGCAUUCAUGUGAUGGUUCAGCAUAUGCUACUAUGCUGGUUGAAUUACACACAACAAAGGGACUAAAAUCUGAAAUAGAUUUAUUUAUUGCUCAGCCCGUUCUACAGAUUCUCUGUUUACGGAAUGUACAAAUGGCGAACGAAACAUUUAACAAAUACACUGGCCUACAUCCUAGAAUUAACAACAAUAAAGGACCACCAUACCUAUUCCCUUUAUUAAAUUUCCUGUGGUUCCUAUUACGUGCUGUUGAACAAAAACAAGCAAAUCAAUUUAAAAUAUUAAGAAAUUGGUAUGCUAUAAGUAUUAAAAGGGAUCCAAACUACUCUGUUUAUCUAGACAACAUUGGCCGCAUAUGGUUUGGUAUAGAAAUACCACCUGACAAUAAGAAUCCUAACUCAGUAUUUGGAGGAAUCCUGAAAUCUAUAAUUGGUGACGCGGACAGUUCUGAUGAAGAAGGAGAGUAUGUUGGCAGGAAUGGUGCUGCCCCAGAAUUAGAUUGAAGCACUGGAAGAAUCACUUCAUGGCAUUUGUUUUCAUUGACAUAUCAACUAAGUCACAUUGAUUACAAGUUGCUUAAAUAAUCCUUUUAAAACAAAGUUUAAUGAGGUCCUCCUCAAUGUUUUUACAGAAUUAUUAUCCUUUCUAACAACUAGCAAUGUUCAAUACAAUGAUACCUUUGUUGAAAAUUUCUAAACAAGUCUUUGAUAAACCAGACUACAAAUUACUAGAAUAUUUUGCAUUUAUUUAAAUGUUGCUUAGGUAUAGGAUAAUUGAGCAAUUAAUUACAGAUUAUUUUUAACUUAUAAAUUAAAUUGUUAAAGUGCGUGAGGCGGGAUAUUAGUACAAGCUCUUAAGGGCUGUUUAUUAUUUGAAUCAAUACACGCAAGGAACUAGAUAGAGUAAUUAUUGUGCUAGAACACUGUUAAAUCACCAUACUGCAUGCGCGUGAUGAAAUCACACAUUGACGCAGUGGAAAGUUUCUACAAUUUAUAAUGAAGCAUUGUUAGCAGUUUUGGCCACAUACAAAUUUCCUACAGGAUGUAGUCACGUUCCAAUGACGUAAGAGGUCAAUUUAUUGAACUUGCUAUGUAAAUAACAUUCUUUGCUUCUGCUUUGUCAUUAAAAAAGUUAGGUUAUGAAAUACUAGGUGGAAAUAUUAAGGUGUAAAAAUUGUUUAACAUUUAAUUUAUUGAUAACAAAUUUAUAGUCAUACAAUCAUUAGGUACAUUUUAUUAGGGGUAAUUCAGUUUACAAUUUAUAGUUAACUGCAGAAAACUUAUGUUGUACAUAAAAAUAUUUUUGAACUUUCACUAGCUAUUAAUUGUAUAACUGAAUUAUUUUAUGUGCGGAUAAUCAUAAAAUACAUGAUAAUGAUUUUAAA